AUGGCGAAUAUUCACAAGCCAAACAUGGGAUCGGUCCUCAAAUCUCCCAUUGUUCUCUUCAAGAUCGGUCUCGAGCACGAAGAGUUUCGAGUGCAUGAAUGCAUUCUGCUCCCUCUCUCAUCACAAAUGCGUGAGAAUAUCACGGCAGGAGGCGAAGGUAACGUCGUAGAUAAGUUCCUCUGGGAGGACGUGGAACCUACGACUUUCGCAGACCUCGUCGAGUUUGCCUACGGGACCGACUACACGACCGAUAUUUUCCCCGAACACGCCAACGACGGCAACGAUGACGACAUUUACAAUCUAAAGGAGUGGAUUGACAGUUGGACAGGCAAAAAGGGCGCAAUCUACUAUCACGGUCUUCGUUUCGUCGAGGGCCGCCACGACACACCUGACGGUUACUCUCCUGGUGAUCAGGACGCUGAGCACAAGCCCAUCAACAAGACGAAAUGCUCGGUCACCAUCUUCCGCCACAUGAAGCUGUAUACCCUAGCCAAGCGGUGCGAAAUUCAGAGCCUCGAGGAAAUCUGUCUCCACAAGUUGCGCAACUGCCUCAUACGCCUGCCUUGGGAGUUCUAUGACGAAGACUUUAUCCUCAAGGCGACGCGGUACAUCUGGGCGAACACGCCAGAGGGAGAGCGCAGCUUGCUUCGCAGAAUUUGGAUCGAUUUCAUUCUUUGUGAUCUGGACUGCCUGAUCGAUGGCAGGCUCGAAGACCCGAUUCGAUGCAUCAAGAACUUCGGCUCCGAGCUCCUGCUCGCUGUGCCCCACGGAUACUGGCAAGAGCUGCAGAGCGUGCGAGAGCAGAGAGCUAAAAAGUAG